UUAUUCAUUGCUCUUUGUCUGUUUGGAGCAGUCGGUCCUGUGGUAGUUGCUUUACCGGUGUAAAGAUGAUGUGGUUUCUGUUGUUUCUGGAAUGGUUUGUGGACUGGGCUCGUGGUACCUACUGGUACCUGUUUGGUAAGAGAAGUCCUCUGUGCAGGGAGACCUUCAGUCCUCCAGCCCAGGAGAACUACAGCCAGGAGGCCAGAGACAAGGUGCUGGCGCAAGAGUUCAGCCAGAGCAAAGUACCUUCAAACCUGGAUGUGGUCGUGAUUGGCAGUGGUGUUGGUGGGCUGACUGUUGCUGCUGUGCUGGUGAAACUUGGGAAGAAGGUUCUUGUUCUUGAUCAACAUGAAAGGGCUGGAGGCUUUUGCCAGUCCUUUACUGAAAAAGGUUUCCAGUUUGAUAUGGCGUUUCACUACAUUGGCCAGCUCCAUGAGAAUGGUCUCCUGAAAAUUGCUGUUGAUCAGAUUACUGAUGGUCAGCUCCAGUUUGCUGAGCUUGACCCUCACACAGAUACUGUGGUUAUUGAAAAGGCAGAUGGCUGCAAGGAAUACACCAUUUAUACAGGAAAAAGACAAAUGGAGGCUCAUCUUAAGAAGCAGUUCCCCAGUGAGACUCGGGCUAUUGAGGAGUUCUUCAAAAUCAUGAAGGUUUGCUCCAAGAAGAUCCAUCUGCUGUGUGAUCUGAAGUUGGUACCCCUCUGGUUUGCUCGCUUCAUUCUGUGCAGUGGCAUUGCUGACUGGAUUUCUCCAGUCUUCAAGUACUCACGCACCAGCACCACAGAAAUGAUCAGCUCCCUCACCAACAACAAGGAUCUGUUAACUGUUCUUUCUCACUACCUUCAUGGUGUUCCACCCAAUAAUGCAAGCUGCAUGAUCAAUGCAUUGCUGUUCCAUCACUACAAGCGUGGUGCAUACUACCCAAAAGGAGGAGCUGGGGAAAUCCCUUACCGCAUCAUUCAGACCAUUGAAAAGCAUGGAGGAAAAGUGCUGGUCAAAGCUCCAGUCUCUCAGAUUCUGGUAAAUGAUGCUGGUGUUGCAUAUGGUGUGACCGUGAAGAAAGGCGGUGAGCAGAUUAGCAUUAAAGCUCCUGUUGUCAUUUCCAGCACUAGUGUGUUCACCACCUUUCAGACUCUCUUGCCCCCUGAGAUCAUAACCAAGCCAGAGAUGAAGAAUUGCCUGCAUGGUUUAAAACUCAGCAAGGCAUCCUUCCAGGUGUUUGCAGGCUUUGAUGCCACUCAAGAGGAACUUGGCAUUACAUCUACAAACAUGUGGCUCUUCAAGAGCAAUGAUCUGGAUGACCUGUUGGAGGUGUACUACCACUUGAAUAAAGAGGAGGCACCUGAGAAGAUCCCUAUGAUGUUUAUAUCUUUCCCUUCUGCUAAAGACCCCAGCUGGAAGCAACGUUUCCCAGGCAAGUCAUGCAUGGUGAUCCAUACCUUGGUGAAGUACGAGUGGUUUGAACAAUGGAAGGACCUUCCUGUGGGGCAGGAUCAGUAUGAACAUUACAAGAUGAGAUUCACCAACCAGCUCUUUGACUGGUCGUGUGUCCGCUUCCCUAAGCUGAAGGCAAAGUUGUCAGUGCUGCAUGCAGUUGGACCAAUCAAUGCCCACGGAAUGGGAGCCCCAGCAGGAUCAAUUCUGUCAGCCGAGCACAAUCUGGACCGCUACAAACCUUUGAACAUUGCCAAGAUCAGGUGCUCUACACCCAUUAAGAACCUCUACCUUUCAGGUCAAGAUGUGUUCAGCACUGGUUAUUCUGGAGCGUUACAUGGUGGACUCCUCUGUGCCUCCACUGUUUUGGGACAAGUGGUGUACACUGACCUUCUUCUACUUCAGAAGAGACUGAAGCAGAAAGCAGCUAAGAAACUAGACUAAAAUGCACUUUUCUAAUGAAGUAAAGCUCAUUAAAUACGGUUGUGAAGCUAAUAAAUAUGCUCUUGAACUGA